AUCCACCUCAAUCAACCUCAUUCAAUCAUCCAUCUAGUCUAUAACCACACAAUACCAAUCCCCAAAGAGCAAAAGGAAAAAAAAUCCGAAAGAGAAGAAAGAACAAGGGAAAUGCCAUCCAUCCCCCAGAUCUUCUCCUCCCUCCGCGACACCCCCCGCUGGACCCUCCACCGCACUCUCAAAAGCGCCAACCCGCAAGAUAUCCAGGGUUCACUUCGCGGGACGGCUUCUUUUACACCUUUGACCAGGAAUAACAAUAUCAAUGUCAAUCACACCAAUAACGACAACAACAAAAAUGAUAAUAACCAAGACAUCCUCUACUCCGAAGAAGGCAGCGUCCCGACGGGCCCCCUAGCCGGUCUCCGCUUCAGCAAGAAGUACAUCUGGCGGUUUACCUCAACUCCUGCGCCUAAUGGUAGCAGCACCAGUACGGAACCAACUGAAGGAGUGAGCGUCUGGUUCGUUAAGCCUUCCUCUACCUCAUCCUCCUCCACACCCCCAGGGAACACGGACACCCAGAAAGAAAACGUCGAAGCAGACUACCUCUUCCACGAAUUCGAAGUCCUGGAUGCGAAGGCUUUAUCAUCUGCUAUCUUGGAUGAUGAUACGUUCGUGACGCCGCCUGUGCCCCCUGCGGACAAUCAGAACACAGAUAAUACGACAACUGUCGUGGCGCGCGGAAAUCACCUCUGUAUCAACGAUAUGUAUCGCACGGCGUAUGCGUUCCGCGUGGGGCGCGACUCUGGCGAUGUGCUCAGCUGGGCGAGUCGGCAUGUUGUGCGGGGGCCGAAGAAGGAUCAGGAUAUUGUGAAUUAUUAUACGCGGGAGAUGGCCUAGUUUGGAUAUCAUAUCUGUAUAUACUAUAUAUAUCUUUGUGUAUAUGUAUACGUGUCAU